AUGGAAGACACUCCAGUUGUAGACUCCCCUCCUCUUUCUUUGGCUAAAGAUAAGGAUUAUUGUUUCUUUGUAAGGCAUGGUCAGAGAGCUGACAAGUCAGGUGAUUCUUUUCACGGAGACCUUGAGAUUACUGAUUUUGGUAAAGAACAAGCAGAAGCCACUGGGAAGGUAAUUUUGCAGAUUUUGGAGACAUGUCCUGAUGCCAAAGUUAAGAUUGUUACAUCUCCUUUCCUCAGAUGAAUCAUGACUGCUAAUAUUAUUGCAAAGCAGAUUGGCACUACAGAGGUAAAUGUCGAGCCGCUUGUUAUGGAAGGUCUUUGGGACAAGAUCUUUGAGGAAAAACCACCAAUUGAUUCCUUCUUAUGAAGAGAACUAAGUAACCAAGAGUUUAGUGAUAGAUUCAUGGAUCCCUCAGUUACACUUAAUCUCCCUGACUCUGAAGAAUAUGAGAAACUUUCUGAAAGGUAUCCAGAGUCUUUAGAGCAGAUUUACAAGAGAUAUCAUGACUACAUGAGAGAGAAUAAUCAUAUUAACAUAAAGAGUGAAGCUCCUCAGGUUGUUAUUGCAGUAUCUCAUGCUUUGUCAGUUGAUUCUGUCAGAGAUUUUGGCAAUGGAGAGAAAAUAAUAGUUGAUUACUGUAGUGUUGGCUGCAUCGAGUUUGACAAAGAAAACAAAGAGAAUUUCUCACUUGCACUUAACGGGUAUCAAUCUCAUGUGAAGAGAGCCGAAAAAUUGAAUCAAAUAUUCUAA